AUGGAGAACUGCAGGUUCUGCCGUUCGGAAACGCCUGAGUGCUUCGAAUGUGAGGCGUGCCUGUCAGAGGGCGGUUACGGCCCCGGUCGUACCGUCUACGUCUGCAGGGCAUGCGUCAGACAAGGCGUGGCAUGCGAGUGCGACAAAGCAAUUACCAUGGAGGACAUUGCCACUCCGGCCGAACACCUUGUCAGGUACUUCCACAGAGAAGGCAUUCAAGCCGCAUGCGACACUGACACUGUCAGAAUUGAACGUGCCGUGGCAGCGCUGAUCACCCGGGAGUGUGGGGUCUGGUGGUACCGCCUGUACAGCUGCCGCCAUGCAGGCAGCAGGCAACUUCAACUUUCUACCGGCGUGCUGUUCGCACUGGAUGCUGCAGAAGGUCGACUGGUCAGAGAGCUGGACUCAUCCGAGUCUGAGUCGUUUCGCAGCGCUUUCUGGUGGAAACGUCCAUGGACCGCAUGGGUGCUCAGCAUGAUCCGAUUCAAGGCAGGGCCCGUAAACUUGAUGAGCUUGUGCCCCACGUAUCCCUCGCGAGAGCGGCUAGCACGAGACCUCAUGAAGCAAGGCAUCAGGCCCGGUACUGAAGGCAAGCCUUGUGCGCUAAGCCUGGCGACAGUAGUGUUGGUCACAGAAGAGGGGCCUUGGCGGCCUUGGUAUUUCUUUUACCCGUUCCAGUCCGUUGACGAAGGGGAACAAGUCAUGCACAAGUGGUCGGGCACAGUUGGCAUCUUGUUCAGGCUUCGGCUUAGUGCCGAACGAGAUGCUAUACGUCUCGUUGAGGCAGGACUCAACACACCAUGCUUCGAACGCUUGUGGCAACAGUCGCUCAGGGCAAUCCGAAGCAAGACAGACGUUUAG